GACAAGCAAUCCAACAUGGCCGUUACUUUUCUCCGACAACGUGUGUUAAGCAAUCAACAAAUUUGCUGCACCUGGCGGUUUGUUUGCCGUCAACUCUGCGCUGUAGCCGUACAACAACAACAUAAAGAAACUCGUCAGACUGGAGUUCCAUUGAUAGUCCCAAAACAUGUGAUCGCCAAAGCUUUCAUCGUGCAUCCUUCGACAACAAGUGUGUUUGAAGCCAGCUCAAAAUAUCAGUGGCUUACUAAAACCAAGUUGUUCGAGGGACUACCUGCUCCCUUUUCAAACGUAGACAAUUUCCUGGAUGAUAAAGAAUAUGAACAUCUGAGAGAAAAAUUUAAGGAGUCCAUCCUACAAAAUCAUGCUUUCCGCAAAGAAGGAAUUAGUGCUAACCACAGGUUUAGACGAAGAGGAGAGGAAAUGACCAUGGGGUUUUUGCAAGAUUUGCUUAGGUUUGGAUGGUCGUUAUCUGAUCGACAUCGUCAUUUGGAUGAUUGUUUUCUUGAUUUGAAGCCCAAGAUGAGGAUCCACUGGGCCAGACAUCAUAACUUUUACCAGUUGGACCAAGAGCCGGCAUUUGUUAUUCGAACAAAACAACCAUCCCAACUUCUAGAGCCAAAUGUAGAAAAAACAUCCUUGGAAACAAUCCCUGGUCCAUUUGAUAACUACAGCAUCAAUGUCUUCCGCCAUCCCAUCUUACAUCUACAGAACAAACCAGGCUUUCAGAACAGUGCAUUUUACAAAUACCCCUACAAUCAUGUAAUGUUUCUGACAAACAUAAGCAAACUGACGUAUGAUCAGCAGCAAGCUUAUGGAAUCAUGAGCAUGUUUGGUUCUCUGGUUGCCCUGGCAAUGGAUUAUGGUGUUCAGAUGGGUCAACACUUGCAGAAGCCACUUGUUACUAAGUGUGUUAUCACAGAUGGAAUCCAGUGCACUUUGAUGUGCUAUCAACUGAACACACUCUCAUUUCAGGAAGACUUUGGAAUCAAGAAUUGUGCAUGGGUUUCACACAGCAUGAACCUUUUUGAGGUAACAAAUGCUAAACACAAACCACUUUUAUUUGAGACUUUGGAUGUGGACAACAAAGUUUGUGGUUUUAAUGAUGAAUGUUUCAAAACUGUUUUAGCUUUCCUUUGCAAGGAAACUGUGAGUCAUGAACCAUUUUAGAACCUUUUAGUUUCUAUAUUGUCUACAGAAAUUUUAAAAUUUGUUUCACCUUCUGGAUGAACAUUCAAUCACAUGUCAAGGUGGGCAACACUAGCCUCUAUAAUGUAAUUAAAGUUUGUACAUUAGUUUUACAAUUGUAUAACUAAAUAAUUAUCUUCAAGUACUGCAGUUAUUCAAUAAGAACUUACUAAAAAUUGCUAUUUUAAAAGAGGAGAGAACAAAAUUUAGAUGCAAUGCAUCUUGAAAACUGUCAGGAGGGCUGUUAAAUGGUUAAAACUGUUUUACACUCAGUUGGAGAUUUAUAUGUCAAGUCAUUGAUUUUCUGUUUUCCUGUGUUAUGUGUUGAUUGUAAAAUUGAAGGUGUUUUUCAUCAAAAUUUCUGCAAGAUGGAGGUUACUUCAGUCUUUAAAUACAAAAAGAGGUUUGAAUCACUCUUCCGCCAUAUACUUUGUCCUUAGACCCAAUGAUAGGAAAAUAUGCAGCUCUACAUAGAUCAGAUGCAGCAGCUAAUGACAUGUACCCGUUAAUGAGCUUUGCAGCAGAAUUGUGAAACUUUUCACUUUGCAUACAGUAGAUAAAUGAAUUUAAGGUGGCAUUUAAGUAGCAUUCAAUGUUAAUCCAGGGUUGUAUUCUUGGAUACAACUAAUCAUUUUGUUGAACCACUGUGUGAACAAAUAUCACCGUUAAUACAAACAGAUUUCUCAGAGUUCCAAUAAUCAAAACGAGCCCAUCCAAUGUGAUAACUGGUAUAGCAAUCAUCAAAGACGGUCUUCGGAACAUGUGAUUUGAUGUACUCACAUCAGUUCCGUUUGGAUACAUUCUCCCACGUAGACUCAUGGGUGAAUUCUAUAAAGAGAAAGCAUUGUGUGAAGUGAGGAUAUGAUUCUGGGAAGCAAACUGAUUGUGAUGAGUCCUCCAGGCCUCACGAGAGGGACAAUCACGAUCUAUUAUAUGAUUGGAAAUCUUCUCUUUUUAAUAAAUUUAAGAAGAACUUUUUUGACGUUUGCAAAUGAGAAUGUGUUGGGUGCUAUUUUUAUUCUUGGUACGAAAUAACAUAGUUUGUUAUUGCCGGCGACUUAAACGGACUGAUAGCAUGAGCCCUGAUCACGAGCAUUACCUGUUUAAUCGGAACCCAAGUGUAGCAUCAAA